CUUCGGGGAAAAAAUAGCCAAUCAACAGACGCAAUAGGACACGACAGGGAAGUCUAGGAGAACUGGCAAUCUUAUAACUGAAUUUUAAAAAUAUUCAUGCCGAAUAAAUCGGUAUUAAUAUGUCUAAUGAUACGGUGCGACAAUGGAAAGAACUACUGAAAAAGAAACUGGCAUCUGCACAAAAGGAUGAGAGGACAGAGGAGGAGAAGAAGGAGGAUGAACUCCGACUGUUUACGAAGUAUUACACAGAAUGGAGGGGUGGCGACAAGACUGACUCCUCUUACAAGAACAUACCCCGCUUUUAUUACCGGCUUCCUGCCGACGACGAGAUUUUGCUACAGAAACUGCGUGAGGAGUCCAGAGCCGUGUUUCUGCAGAGGAAGAGCCGAGAGCUUCUGGACAACGAGGAGCUACAGAAUCUGUGGUUCCUGUUAGACAAAAACCAAGUGCUUCCCAUGGCUGGGGAGGAGGCCAUGAUCAAUUACGACAGCUUCUUGAAGGUUGGAGAGACGGCAGGAGAAAAGUGCAAACAGUUCUUCACUGCAAGAGUUUAUGCCAAACUUCUGCACAAUGACCCAUAUGGACGCAUAUCAAUAAUGCAGUUCUUUAACUAUGUCAUGAGAAAAGUUUGGCUUCAUCAGACCCGGAUUGGCCUGAGUCUUUACGACGUGGCAGGUCAAGGUUACCUCCGCGAGUCGGACCUGGAGAACUACAUUCUGGAACUGAUCCCCACCCUGCCCCAGCUGGACGGCCUGGAGAAGUCCUUCUACUCCUUCUAUGUCUGCACCGCCGUCCGCAAGUUCUUCUUCUUCCUGGACCCGCUGCGCACUGGAAAAAUAAAAAUUCAGGACAUUUUGGCCUGCAGCUUUCUAGAUGAUCUUCUGGAGCUGCGGGAUGAGGAGUUGUCCAAGGAGAGUCAGGAGUCCAACUGGUUCUCGGCCCCAUCAGCACUCCGUGUCUAUGGGCAGUAUUUGAACCUGGAUAAGGACCACAAUGGAAUGCUGAGCAAAGAGGAGCUGUCUCGUUACGGCACCGGCACCCUAACAAGCAUCUUCCUGGACCGCAUCUAUCAGGAGUGCCUCACUUACGACGGAGAGAUGGACUACAAGACCUACCUGGACUUUGUCCUGGCGCUGGAGAACCGCAAGGAACCUGCUGCCCUUCAGUACAUUUUCAAGAUAUUGGAUAUGGAGAACAAGGGCCACCUGAAUGUGUUCACACUCAACUAUUUCUUCAGGGGAAUCCAGGACCAGAUGAAGGUGCACGGCCAAGAGCCAGUGUCCUUCCAAGAUGUCAAGGAUGAGAUCUUUGACAUGGUGAAACCCAAAGAUCCCUACAAGAUUACCCUGCAGGACCUGGUGACCAGCGGGCAGGGUGACACCGUCACCAGCAUCCUCAUAGACCUGAACGGCUUCUGGACCUAUGAAAACAGAGAGGUUCUUGUGGCCAACGACGACAGCAACACAGAUAUGGACGAUACGUGACGCGGGCUUUUGUGUCAAGCAGCAAUGCUUUUCAGUACUAUGCAGGAUAUGUUGAGAUGGACCUCCACACUCCAAUAUGGAAAUACCUCAUCAGUUAGAAAAGUACAACAGAAUAAGCAUAUGACAGUUAUUCAGUUUAUUAAUAUGUAUAUUAUAUAAAAUAAAUGCAUCUGUUUUCUCAGUUA